UGGAUUGAAAGACCCCUGGCUUAGGAAUGAGGUAUGGCGGUACGAUCCUAAGUUUGGUACACAUGGUGAGCGCUUUAUGAAAGUGCUUUUCAGAGGAUUCAAGUGGGGACUGAUUGCUGCACUUGCAACUGUUGCUGUUGAACGAGCACUUGGAGGAGACCAUAGUCAUGAAGAUCAGCACCAUUAAAUGCAGUCGUUUGUCUUAUGUUUUCAUUGUAUAUCUUUACACUGCAAAGUAAUUGGUACCACCCUUAUUAAUGCCUAAAUAUUGUUUAGUAGUUGCUGUUGCUAAAAAAAAUUAAGAGUGAAUGCUCUUACAUAUGUUAAUCAUUGUAAGUUACAUGGUGUAAAUAAUGUAAUAUUUAAAAUUACAAUAAAUAUGCCUUCUGUAA